UCGUAGUUGAACCACCGCAACGCUCUCUGUCUGCGCAGAAGCUGCUGUUGGCGGAGUUGGGAGGAUCGUCGAGCGAGUGGCGGGCGCGCCGGAACAACAGCUUCUCUCUCCUCCUCCUCCUCCUCCUCCUCCUCCACUUGUCUUAUCGCACCUUCUCCUCUCCACAUCACCGCUCAUCGCCGCAAUGGUCAACAGACUGGUCCUCAAGGGCACAAACUAUGAGAUUGGGUUCAAACACGGAACCUUGGCGAGAUCCCAAAUCCACGCGUGCUUGACAAACUACGCGACCUACUUUGCCAAUGCGGGCAUGUCCCCCGGCGACGUAAAGUCCCUCGCGACCAAAUUCUCCGAGACAAUCAAGUUGCUCGUUCCGCAUCUCCACGACGAGCUCCGCGGUAUCGCGGACGGCGCCUGCGUGCCGCUGCUCGACAUCGUCGCGCUCAACUCGCGCUCCGAGAUCGCGCUGGCUGCGAAGCCAAAGAACGGAAAGAGCGACGAGAGCAGCAGCGACGACGAUGAUAACAUUCCCGUCCCGCCAGACGGAUGCACGACCUUUGCCGAGACCGUCGACGGGCGGCAGUGGUUGGCGCAGAACUGGGACUGGCAGACCUCGCAGCUGUGCAAUCUCGUUCUACUCGAGAUCACGACGCCGCUCGACUCGCCUUCGAACGCGCGGAUGCUAAAGACGAUGACCGAGGCGGGACUGCUGGCGAAAGUGGGGUUCAACUCUGAGAAAGUCGGCGUGUGUUUGAAUGCGCUGCGCGCGACUGACCUGGACACGAACAAGCUGCCGCUGCACGUUCUCCUGCGUCUCGUGCUCGAAUCGUCGAGCGUGGCGGAUGCCAAAGAGAGAUUUACGACAAAGUACGGCGACGGCGCGGCGUGUUUUGGACAUUUCGGAAUCGCGGACGGGAAGGGUGAAGGACAUGCCGAGAGCUGGGAGAUCGGACCGUAUGGGAUCGCUGUGAUUCCUCGCGAUGCCGAGGGCAGACUGUACCACACCAAUCAUGCGCUGGUCGAGGGUGUAAAGAUCAACGAGGUUAUCUGGCUCGAAGACACAAAGGAGCGAUUGAUGCGACUGAAAGAGCUCGUUUUUGCGUCGGACAAGAAAACAGAUGUGAAGACUCUGGCUGUGGGUCCUCAGAAAGACCGAAUCUUCUCAUUCCUAAAAGACGAGGACAACUUCCCAAACUCGAUCUGCCGCGCCAACGACGACAGCCAACCGGGUCUGCUCGGAGAGAUGCAGACUGUGUUUUCCAUCGUCAUGGAUCUGAAGGAGGACGUCGCUUGGGUUGCUGUAGGGCGGCCGAAGCAGGUGCUCGAGGAGUUUACGUUGGAGUUCUUUUAGGCUUUGUCGUUCUACAGCAGCUAAUGAUAAUGUGAUUUGUCUGUACCGAAGAUGAUGUAAAUAGAAUUGUUGUAAUUCCAGUGUUGAUGUUGCUGAUUGAUGUAGUCAGUAAAGAUGGUGCCGAUAGUACCAACUAUUACUAUAUUCAACAC